CGCGCAUUGUCUUUAGAUCGACUUCUAGUAUGCGUUUGUUUGUUCUCAAGUCUCUUCGUUUGCCUUUACCUAGACGGAUGGGAUAUGAUUGGAACAGAUGUUUCUAUUCGUGGAUGAACUUCGUUUUCAACAAAGUGGACUAUGGAAGAUUAGAAGAAAUUGGUCCAGACAAGAUAGCAGCUGAGUGGGUUGUUCGAUGUGGAGGCUCCAUACGCUUUCAAGGAUACGAGCGUUGGGAAAAGGACUACAACCUUUUGCCUCAUGGCACUCAAGGCCGAUUUCUUUUAACUGAUAUUGAUGCUUCAAACACAAGUAUAACAGAUGGUGGUUUAGCACACCUUGAAGGUCUGAAGCAUCUUCGCACUUUGAAUAUGACAGACUGCAGGUAUGUUGGGGACUUAGGUCUAACGCACGUCAAACAUGUACAGGAUUGCUUGAAUACAUUGGUACUACAAGGAUGCACAGGAGUCACAGAGAAAGGGUUGUUUCAUCUGCACUAUCUCAGACAUCUGAAAUACCUGAAUGUGGUUGAUACGUCUUCCGUGGGGCAAUCAGAAGCAAUUCAGCAGCUAAAACAGUCACUUCCACAAUGUGAAAUUGUACAUAAUUAAAUUAAUGAGGGUUUAUAUUAGUGAGUGCAACGCAGAUUUAUCUACGUGUAUGUCUCAAUUGUACAAUGAUUAGAAAGUUUGUUUUUGAAUUGUGGUCUGAUGCUUAUGUCUGACAUAUGAAUAAUUUGUUUGCCCAAUAAAUUAG